UUUCCGCUCGCAGCCGCCUGUGCUGCGUGCUUACUACUAAGGAAGACUAAUAAACACGGGAAAGGGGAGGCUGUGAACCACACACACUCUGAAAAUAAAAGAUGGCGGCCCCCAUGCGCCGAAUUUUGUACACCACCGUUAUAUUCAUCGGGUUUGCUUUUCCAUGCUCAACGUUGCAUCAGGAUGAAUAUGUUGAAAGCUUCUUCAAGAGUGGGCAUACAAACAAUUGGGCUGUUCUGGUGUGCACGUCACGCUUCUGGUUCAACUACCGUCAUGUCGCCAACACCCUGUCUAUCUAUCGCAGUGUGAAGCGACUGGGUAUACCAGACAGCCAGAUUAUUCUCAUGCUAGCCGAUGACAUGGCCUGCAAUGCACGCAACCCAAGACCUGCAACUGUUUUCAACAACGCCAAUCAGCACAUCAAUGUUUAUGGGGAUGACGUUGAAGUUGAUUACAGAGGUUAUGAGGUCACAGUGGAGAAUUUCAUCCGUAUUUUGACCGGCCGCCUGCCUCCUGGCACGCCUCGCUCCAAGCGUCUGAUGACUGAUGACCGCAGCAACAUCCUGGUCUAUAUGACAGGCCAUGGCGGUGAGGGCUUCUUAAAAUUCCAAGAUGCUGAGGAGAUCUCCAAUGUGGAGCUGGCGCACGCAUUUCAGCAGAUGUGGCAGAAGAGGAGAUACCAUGAGGUACUAUACAUCAUAGACACCUGCCAGGCAGUGUCCAUGUUCCAGCUCUUCUAUUCUCCCAACAUCCUAGCCGUAGGCUCCAGCCAGGUCGGGGAAGAUUCACUCUCUCACCAUGUGGACCCAGCUAUUGGUGUGUACAUCAUUGACAGAUACACUUACUAUGCCCUGGAAUUUUUAGAGAAAAUUACACCAACCAGCAAGAAAACAAUGGCAGACUUUUUCAAAGUGUGUCCGCAGCAUGUCUGCCGCUCCACCCCGGGAGUCCGCACCAAUCUCUUCCGGCGCGACAUCACCAAGGUUCCCAUCACAGACUUCUUUGGGAGUGUCCGCAACGUAGAGCUCUCGGCAAUGACUAUCCCGCUGAACAACGAGACAGACCGUGGAGAGGGGGGUAGACAGAAUAAGGGGGAGGAAGGGGAUAGGAUGGAACAGCCAGAACACUACAGGUUUGUGGAGCAGUUUCCAUCCAUAGAAGAAACUAGGGAAAAGGAGACGGCCGUACCUCAGGUCAAGUUUUCUGGUCAGUUUCUGGUAGCGAGCAGCGCCUUCCUCGCCUUAGUUGUCAUUGUCGUCUUUGGUCGAUUAGCAUCGUGACCAUGGAAUAUUAUCUGGUUGCCAAGUAACAGAAGUACAUGUAGAUGAUAUCAUCUUCAGUGACUCAUCUUUUUAUUGAUCAAGUGUGAACUUUUUUCAUUUGAGUUGUUUAGGGAGGGGUGGAUAUGUACCUUUACCGUUACAAUGAAAUACAAAAUUUUGUCUUUCAAGCACCGUACCUUUCCUCCUCCUUCACACUCAGGAAAUCACUUGAAAAGAAAACUUUCUAGGUGUAUUUCUUUUCCAAAACAUUGAUUGAUUGAUUUGAUCAUGUUCACUAUUUGCAAAAAUUAUAAAUUCAUUCUUUGUUUGGUCUGCCGUUAUGUGCCAGUAGGGGAUUAUCCAGAUGCUUCAUAGUGGCAAGCAUUCAUGCCCAUUUAUGUUGUUUACAACAGUUUGAAUAAUGCACUCAUAUCAGGUUAAAUAUGAGCAUAAAUAAAAUGGGAGACAGGUGUUUGCCACUAUCCAGUGUCUCAACAGUGAGCCAUUGAAAAUAGGUGCAACUUCAGGUACAAGUUUCUCAGUAGCCUUGAAAUAAUUUCGACAUUUUUGUGAAAUGGCCAAAGGAGUUAUUCUUUAUGACAAGAGGUAGAAGUGUCGUCUCACUUGCUCGACCAAGGGUGGAUGUGGGGGGGGGUUUGGCCCAAUAAACUGAUGAGUAUAUUUUUUUAAACAAGAUAUUAACAAGAGUUAAGAUAUUAAGGGGCUUCAGUGAAGGUCGUUUCGCAUGGAAACAGCCAUUUUGUUCAGGAAAUUGUUUCUGAGCAGCUGCUUAAUUGUGACUGGUGUGAUCAGUUAAUGCAAAAGUGCACGGGAGACACUGCUUCCUUGUUUUGACCCCCCCAAAUAUAUUUGGUCUGGAGCCGCCCUUGUACUCAACAACCAAACGUUGCUUUCAUGGGUUCCCUCCAUUAUCAUUCAUAAUCUUGGUCCCAUUUGUCAUCUCUGUGCUAAAAAACAAUUCGUCAGAAAAUUCCAUAUGUCUGUUGCAAUACAAUAGAAAUAAAGUGGUUUGAAAUGUUUUGUAAAAUUCAAAAUGAAAAUGGAUGUAAAUAUAGCAAAUCCAAGUCCUUUUUGUAUGCUGAAAACUGAACAUUAAAUACAAGACGGCACUUUUGCUUGUA